AUGGGUGCUUCCGAGAAGACAUCUAUAUGGCAUUCCUUCUCAUCCAACUAUCGGAAGGAGCGCAAAGAGCGCAGAGCAGACACAACCACCGCAAGAACCACAGCCACUGCGCCGACGCACUAUCCAUCAUGGUCCCGAGGCCGCACCAGUCGCUCCAAUGCAUCGAAUUAUCCAAGAGAGCCAUCAUCGGAUCUUCCGCCACCAUAUGAAGCGACAGAAGUCCCAAGAAUCAGUAUCAGCGCCCCCGAAGAGUCAGAAUCCGAUUCCCAGUUCGCUUUCCUUCGCGAUUUCCACACCAUCUUCCUAGUAGACGACAGCUCUAGCAUGAGAGGCUCACUUUGGGAAGAAGCCCGAGAAGCCAUCGCAGCGAUUGCGCAAGUCUGCACAAAAUAUGACCGCGAAGGAAUCGACAUCUACUUCAUCAACCACCGAUCAAAGCCCAACACCAACCCUAGCCACGCUAUUGAUUACACCUACACCUACGACCCCGAGCGACUCAAAAGUCCCAAAUUUGAAGGUGGAUACUACAAUAUCAGAACCGCGCAGCGAGUAAGCGAGAUCUUCGCCUCCGUCAGACCCUCUGGCGGAACAGCAGUCGGGAGUCGACUGUUUGAUAUCCUAGACCCAUACAUGGAGCUGGUGGAAACGACAGAGACAGCAAGGCGAGCCCAGAAGGGCGCAUCUAGCUCGCGCCAUUUGGUUAAGCCGACCGAGUCAGUUAAGCCGGUUAAGCCAAUUAAUAUCAUCACGAUUACUGAUGGGGUGUUCACGGAUGAUGCGGCGAGUAUUAUCAUCCGGACGGCUGAGAUGCUGGAUGGCCCUUCUUGUCGUGCUAUUCCGCGACAGGUCGGGAUCCAGUUUUUUCAGAUUGGGAAUGACGAGAUGGCUCGGAAGCAUUUGGAGGAAUUAGAUGAUGGACUUGCGAAAAGACGUGGUAAUUUACGUAUGAGAGAUAUCGUUGAUACUAUUUCUUGGAAAAAUCGGACUGGGGAGCGGUUGGAUGGGCCUGGGAUUUUGAAGGCGGUGCUUGGAGCCGUUCAUAAGCAGUUGGAUUGGAAGAAGCUUGAAUAG